ACGAGAUCCGCAGCACCCUGGCCCCGGCGAUAGUGGACUUCACCCCGAAGAAGGACCUCCCGUCGGAGAACGAGAGCGGCAACGUCGCCGUCGCCGCCAUCUUGGCCGCCAUCGGCGUCCUCUGCGUGGCUUCGGCGAUGGCCUACAUGAUCUACCGCUACUUCCGGAAACGUUCAGUGCACAGUAUGAACUUUGACAACCCUGUAUACAAGAAGACUACAACCGAGGAUGGCUUCCACCUUGCGGGGCAGCAGCGCACCAAUUGCCCGAGGAAUUCUGGCCAGCCACGGUACCAGCACCAACAGUACGGGGUUGCAUCGCCUGAGGAUGGACUAUGUGAGCCAAUGGUUAACACACUCAAAUUCUAAUGACGUCGCUGGAGCCUCUAACGCACAGCAACAACAACUUCGUAUGAGGGAAACCGAACUCUUAAUCCUUAGUAGUUAGACGAUUGUUCCGGAACUCGCAUCUUGUUCAAGGAUCUGAAUGGAAGGGGAAGAGGAAGGACUCGCUUAUUCUCAUCCCUUUUGACCGCGAUACCUCAAGAUGCUCCACGGACAAGAGACAGAAAGCGGGGGGGAAAAUAUCAGAAAAGAGAGAGAAGAAAAAUGACAAUGCUUAUAAAACAGAACUCCUGUAUAAAUAUAUAUGAAUAUAUUUUAAUCAUUUAGUGAUGGGAUUUACAGUUUUGCUUGGAGGCUCUUCUGGUAGACUCCACUAGCGGAGUCUGAGAAUGGAUAUUGUGUGCUGAAGGAGAGACCGAAUUCUCUCUACUGUGGAGAGAAGAAAAAAAACCUCUCACCUAAUUUUUACUUUUUUUCUUUUUUUUCGUUCUUGCGGCUUGGUGAAUUUGUAAAAAAACUGUAAAAACAUAUAUAUUUAAAAAGCAUUUGAAAGAUUGAUAAUAAUGCUAAAAGCAGAAUUGAUGCCAUGCUGGAGGCAAGAUGAAACCUUGCCCUCAAGAAGUGUGAAAGUAGUGAGAGGUAAUUGGACGAAGAAGUAAUAUUCCAUCACCAACUUUGCAUUUGUGAUGCAGCGGAAGCUGUCUUAACAUUUCAGCUUUCACAUGUGUUACUAGAUUACAGACUGGAAUGUGCAGGAUUUGAGAAAGGAAGGGCCGCCUGGCACUCAUUUUGGUAUAGAGAAUUUUCAGAUUAUUCUAAGCAGAUGUUGUAUCUCUAUCAUGAAUUUUUUCUAUGUCAUGGUUGCACAACACCCAGCAUUGGUGCGGGCAGACUGUCAGGCUGAAGCACGCUGCCCUCGUCUCAACUGGCCACGAUAGCUCAUUGCCCCAAGUUCCUUAGUCAUGGGAAUGGGUUUUGGUGUGGAUUCGGGAAUGAGAGGGGAAGCGUGCAAGUUCAGAUUUAGUAUGACUGUGUCCUUUUCCAUGCUCACAAGUUAUGUGCAGAAUUUUCUCAAGUUGCCAUUUUUACAACUUCAAUGUUCUGUACAUGAAAUACCCUUAGUCUUUUUGUAUAUAUAGAGAGAGAAAGAAAGGAAAAAAAAAUAAAUCAAGCUUCCAGUUCUUUACUGCAGGAAACCAAUUAUGACACAACCAGCAAUUUUUACCCUUAUCCAGAAUUUCAGUGAGAUUUAUAGGUAAUGAAGUCGACAUUCAGUGUAACCUCGGGACAUCACUCUGAUUAGAUAUGACCUACAUCAAUUUAUUUGUCUUUCUUUUUUUAGGAGAGCUAAAGCAAAUGUCAUAGCAAUUUCAAGUUUCCGUUUAUUACAAUCUAAGUGUCAAGUAAGUGGAACAGUGAGUUUUUACACAGACUGACACUCUGUUGGUGAGGAAAGCCAGAGUUCCUGCUGUGCUUGUAAGUACAAAGGCAUUAUGAUUUUCACGUCAGUAAGUUUAACGAACAUUUACAUAAUUUGGUCUGUUUUUGGAAAUGUUCGUGUGAGAAUUAUCGAGUGUACUAUUAUUAGUCUCUUGUUCGUAGAUGAAAACGGAAAACAAAAAGAACACUAGUUAAGGCUGAUUAUUAAACAGUAAAAUUAUGCUCACGGAUGAAGUCCAAAUACUUAGCAUGUGUUAUUAUUGUCUAGAAAUUCUUUUCAAAGCUAUAAUUAUCAAUUGCUAGAAAUAGCAAGAGACUCAUUUGGCUCUAGUAACAUGGAACAUAAAGGUGAGAAGUUUUCAAAAGCAAAAUUGAGAUUCACAGUUCAAGAGAAAAGAAAAGAAAAAAUUGUACGAAUAACUUUUUGUUGUUUUUUUCCUGUCUCCAUUCAUCAUAAUUUCAUUGGGAGAUGAUCAGCCUUUUUAAGUUCUUUCUUUUUGAAAAAAAAAAGGUUGGUGUAAAAGAAAUUAUCUUGGCUUAGCUCAGCUAGCAACUACAACCAGUCAUACUUUAUUGAGGUAAAGUGUGUAUGUGUAAGAUAUAUAUAUAUAUUUUGAAGAGCCAUUCUUUAGGAGGAUAUCAAGGUGAUAUCCAUUUGCAUCAACUGUUUUGACAUAAAAGUGAGCAAUUGGAGUACAUGUUAGAAAAAAAAAGGUAGUUCCAUUUUUCUUUUUCCAUCAACCUGUUACUUGUUCUUAGAUUUAGGACCCUAGGCAGUAUCAUUCUCAGUGCCAACAUAUUUGCUACAAUAUUUUGUGUGAAUGAGAGGGAGAUACCAUAUACUCUACCAGUGAGUGUGGAAACGCAUUGUAGGGAACCCCCCUACCCUACGCUAAAAGGUGCACAGUAUGAUCGUUUCUUUCUUUUUUCAAUUGUGAUGGAUAUAUAUUUUUUCUAAUUUAUUUAUUUAGGGUGCGCAAGGUAAUAAACCUUAUUGAAAUUCCAAGUAAGGUUCAAAAUGGCUGAUUCACGAACAUGGGCAAGAAAUCACCCACUCUAGUCUGGUUUAUGGUUAAGCAUUGAUUUGGCUAGUUGGUAGACCUUAGGUAAUAGGGUAAAAAAAAAAGCUAAAAAAAAAAGAAUAGUAUGUUUCAUUUUGUCGAUGUGCUUUUCUACCAGUACUGUCUUUUAUGUGUAAUAUGUAGAGAGAGAAAGAUAAGAGAGUGAGAGAUAGAGAAGGAACAAUGUGUAUUACAGAAUGAUUGACUCUUCCCAGAAACAUUACUCUGUGGUUAUGUGUGGUUUUAUACGCCCCCUGAAAGUUUUGAAUUAAUACGUUCUUUGUUCGUAAAUAGUUCAAAUUGUAACUAGCUCCAUUAUGAAUACUUAAUUAGCCAUGAAUAUAUUCCAUAACACAUCUUAACUGUAUAUUAUCAUUUAAAUGUCUAAAAAUGACAGCUGAUACACUAAAGAAAGGAGGAUGUGGAAAACCAUCAUUGACAUGACUGAAAAUAAGAUGGGGAGUAGAAAAAUCAUGCUAUUUGUCCAUUACAAACUUGUAAUGAAAGGAAAGGCAGAAGGAUUUUAUAAUUAUGAAGCCACAGGAUACAUUAUAUAAGUGUGUGUCUUUGGUCUGCAGUAUUUUAUCUUGUAACUAAAUUGUAAACCAGUGUAUAAUAAGUUCUGACGAUAUGUAAUCUUGCUGUUCAAAGAGUGGGGAAAAUUGUAAGGAACAGUUGGACAAAAUUUCAACUUGUUUGUAUUUAAAUGAAAUAAACCAAAGAAUGUUA